ACACAUACACACACGCGCGCGCGCACACACACAUACGCAUGUACACGCGCACCCGCACCCGCGCGCCUGUAUCCCGUGCUGUUUCCCUGGCAGACACACAGGCGCUCACGAGUCUCUCCUUGCCAGCCUGCAGGGCGGCGACCCCCAAAACCCAGCUCCGGGUCCCAACCUAGGCAAGAAGCUGCUUCUCUGCCAACAGCUCCUCUUCGGCCUCCGUCACAGCCACCUGGACCCUACCCUUUCGCGACUGCUGCUGCUGCUGCCCGGACGUGGAAGCAGCAAGAGGCGCUUGGUCAAGACACACUGACGGUACCUACGGAAUACUGGACAUACGGAUUCAGAAUCCAUAAGGCUUUAUCACCUUGAAUCAAGGAUUUAUUUGAUAUCAUCCUCGGUCUUUACUUCCUAUCAAGUAACAUUGUUUUGAAAAACAGAAUUAACACAUUUGCCAUAAGGGAGUUUUUUUUUUUUUAAAAUACUUCGCAUACUCUCCAAUGCCCAAAAAUAGCAAGGUGGUAAAAAGAGAAUUAGAUGAUGAUGUUACUGAGUCUGUCAAAGACCUUCUUUCCAAUGAAGACGCAGCUGAUGAUGCUUUUAAGACAAGUGAACUAAUUGUUGAUGGCCAGGAAGAGAAAGAUACAGAUGUUGAAGAAGGAUCUGAAGUCGAAGAUGAAAGACCAGCUUGGAACAGUAAACUACAAUACAUCCUGGCCCAAGUUGGAUUUUCUGUAGGUUUAGGAAAUGUGUGGCGAUUUCCAUACCUAUGUCAGAAGAAUGGGGGUGGUGCAUAUCUUUUACCAUAUUUAAUACUACUUAUGGUAAUAGGUAUUCCCCUUUUUUUCUUGGAACUCUCUGUGGGUCAAAGAAUUCGGCGAGGCAGCAUUGGUGUAUGGAAUUACAUAAGCCCUAAACUGGGCGGGAUUGGAUUUGCAAGUUGUGUAGUGUGCUAUUUUGUAGCUCUCUACUACAACGUCAUCAUUGGCUGGAGUUUGUUUUAUUUUUCUCAGUCUUUUCAGCAACCCCUGCCUUGGGAUCAGUGUCCUUUGGUGAAAAAUGCUUCACACACUUUUGUAGAACCAGAAUGUGAACAAAGUUCUGCCACCACCUAUUACUGGUACAGGGAAGCACUGAAUAUUUCAAGUUCCAUUUCUGAAAGUGGGGGCUUAAACUGGAAGAUGACCAUCUGCUUGUUGGCUGCCUGGGUCAUGGUUUGCUUGGCUAUGAUCAAAGGCAUUCAGUCUUCUGGAAAAAUCAUAUAUUUUAGUUCUCUGUUUCCAUAUGUGGUACUUAUAUGCUUCCUCAUCAGAGCAUUCCUUUUAAAUGGUUCAAUUGAUGGCAUUCGCCACAUGUUUACCCCUAAGCUUGAAAUAAUGCUGGAGCCCAAGGUCUGGAGAGAAGCUGCUACUCAAGUGUUCUUUGCCUUAGGUCUGGGAUUUGGUGGUGUCAUUGCCUUUUCAAGCUACAACAAGAGAGACAACAACUGCCACUUUGAUGCUGUCCUGGUGUCCUUCAUCAAUUUUUUCACUUCUGUCCUGGCAACAUUGGUGGUGUUUGCAGUUCUGGGCUUCAAAGCAAAUGUCAUAAAUGAGAAAUGCAUUACACAAAAUUCAGAGACGAUCAUGAAAUUUUUGAAAAUGGGGAACAUUAGUCAGGAUAUUAUUCCCCAUCAUAUCAACCUUUCAACUGUUACUGCAGAAGAUUAUCAUUUAGUUUAUGACAUCAUUCAAAAAGUGAAAGAAGAAGAGUUUCCUGCUCUUCAUCUCAAUUCCUGUAAAAUUGAAGAAGAGCUAAAUAAAGCUGUUCAGGGGACCGGCUUAGCUUUUAUUGCCUUUACAGAAGCGAUGACACAUUUUCCUGCAUCUCCCUUCUGGUCAGUGAUGUUUUUCCUCAUGCUGGUCAAUCUAGGCCUUGGCAGUAUGUUUGGAACCAUUGAAGGGAUUGUCACGCCUAUUGUGGACACUUUCAAAGUGAGGAAAGAAAUUCUUACUGUUAUCUGUUGUCUUCUGGCAUUUUGUAUUGGCCUGAUAUUUGUGCAACGCUCUGGAAAUUACUUUGUUACAAUGUUUGAUGAUUAUUCUGCUACACUGCCUCUGCUAAUUGUAGUCAUUUUGGAGAAUAUUGCUGUAUGCUUUGUUUAUGGCAUAGAUAAGUUUAUGGAAGACCUAAAAGAUAUGCUGGGCUUUGCUCCCAGCAGAUAUUACUACUAUAUGUGGAAAUAUAUUUCUCCUCUAAUGCUAUUAUCAUUGCUAAUAGCUAGUGUUGUGAAUAUGGGAUUAAGUCCUCCUGGCUAUAACGCAUGGAUUGAAGAUAAGGCAUCUGAAGAAUUUCUGAGCUAUCCAACGUGGGGACUGGUUGUUUGUGUCUCUCUGGUUGUCUUUGCAAUACUCCCAGUCCCUGUAGUUUUCAUUGUUCGUCGCUUCAACCUUAUAGAUGAUAGUUCUGGUAAUUUAGCAUCUGUGACCUAUAAGAGAGGAAGGGUCCUGAAAGAGCCUGUGAACUUAGAGGGCGAUGAUACAAGCCUCAUUCACGGAAAAAUACCGAGCGAGAUGCCAUCUCCAAAUUUUGGUAAAAAUAUUUAUCGAAAACAGAGUGGAUCCCCAACUCUGGAUACUGCUCCCAAUGGACGGUAUGGAAUAGGGUACUUGAUGGCAGAUAUUAUGCCAGAUAUGCCAGAAUCUGAUUUGUAGCUGGGGGAAAAGUCAGUGGGUUUUAUUUGGUUCAUUUUUACCAAUGAACAUUGGCCCUAGUAAGAGAAGCAUUAGGCUUCACUUAUCAGAGGGCAAUCUCAGGUGUUCUGUGGCUGUGAUCUUUAAUCCUAACAGUAUAUGUCAGUUCAACUUGAGCAUUCUUUUGGAUUCUUUGGUUUACAUUUGUGCAGAAAGGAUUGCAGACAAAUCUUAGGAGGGCUGAGGUACAUGUUUGCCAGGAUUUUUUUUUAAGUACCUUUGGUGUAUUUUCAAAUAUUUCUAUCUCUUAAAAAAAAUGGUAUUACCUCAGUUUCUAAUAAUUUCUGGGUUUAGUAGUGUUGACAAUUAAAAAUGGUAUACCUUAAAAUUUAUAAGUUUGCCUUCAGGGUAACUUCCAGUGUCACAAUGAGCAGUUCUGUAAGUGGGUGCCUCUCAGCACAUUUCCAUGAAUAUAUUAUGUAGAUAGGCUGUAUUGAUUUUGGUAGCAUUGAUACCUUCUUAGGCAAUUAGUUGAAGAAAACUGCAAAAUAUUUUCUUAUGUAAUAGCUGUAUAGAGCAAUAGCAAUCAAAGCAUGAGAAGGCACUAACGCUGGGAUGAAAGAUGAGAUUCAGAGGUGACUGAGAAUCAUGUGAGUGAUGGCUGUAUAUUUUGUGUAAAAUAUAUGUGUGAAAAUGAACUAAGAGUGAGUUACUCAGCACUCUCAAGAAUUAUGCAGAUUCUGCAUUUUUCUUAUGCCGUGUGCCUAAAAACCUACUUGAUAUUUAUUGUGGUUUCAAGAUUAUUCAUAGUAUAUUUAUACAAUAUACUUGCAAUGCAUUUAAGUACUUAAAGUACUAAUUUGAAAACUUGAAGCAAGAUGGCAUUUUAAUUAAUAUAUUUCUGUUUUGCUUCUGCUUUAUGCAAAUAUAAAUCAUUUUUAAGUGAUUGUUAAAAUUUUAAUGCAUUACAUUUUAAUCUACAAAUAAACAAAGUUUAAAAAUGA